AUGCCGACUUUUUUCUGGAUUCAAAUAAUCUUGAUAUCUUUUAUUUCAUUUGGAAAUGGUUAUGAGGAUAAAUAUUUGACGCAGUUAGUUUAUAAAUAUAUUUAUAACCAUGAAUUGACUUGUGAGUUUAUAAAUCUUUGAAUUUUUUAUUGACUAUGAAGACAUUUUUCAGGUGGUGAUCCAUUUUAUGAAUCUGAUUGGCUUCCAGCAAUGGGUGAAUGUAUAAUUGAUUGUGAGCCAACUCAAUUUAUCUGCCUAGUGAACACGAAUGGUACAGAAAUCCAGAAAUGUCGAGAACGUGAGUAAAUUCUGAAAAUUUUGCCAUUGAGAAAACUUGAAGAAUUUGGAAAAUAUUUUCUGUAAAAUUAAAAAAAAAAAGAAAAAAUCUCAAUUCAGAAAAAAAUCUCAAUAUCAAUGAAAUUAUUGAAAAUAAAAUUUUUCAGUAAGCCGUAAUUGCACAAUGGAAGUUCGAAAAUACCUUGGUUGGACAACAACUUGGUUCAAAACUAAUUCAACAACAACUUCUACAACCACACCAGAACCAGAUGCAUUUGUAACAAGUCCGGAACCAUCUGAUCAAAUUUUGGAAUUGGCUCCACCUCCAUCAACCACUGACUCAAACUCUUUCCCCGAUACAAAUAAAAUCUUCCGAGAUCCGAGUCGAACAAUGACCUAUAAACUCAAGAAAUUGGGACCAGCUCCAGACGAUUUCUUUGAGGAUAAGUGAGUUUUUGAAAAUUUGCGGGCUAAGCUUAUCACUGACAAAGAUAAAUAGCCUAAAAUUAGAGAACUUAAAAUUCUAGAUGAAACUCAAGAAUUUUCAGCGAGGUUUCCAAGCCAGCUUUUAUCGUUGAACCUCCUGGUAAUUAUGGUGAUCCAGAUGAAGUCGUGGAAGUUGUUGAAAUAACAGAUCAAUAUUAUUCUCCAGCAAAGAAUAUGUUAAAUUAUGUUCCGAUAAAUUCAAAUAGUGUAGAUACUAUCACAACGUCUACAACAACAUUCCGACCAAUUAUCAAAAUUCAACCAACACCACUAGAGUCUCUCGAUAAAUUUCGUGAGUUACUUCAAUUUAAUUGUUUUUAAAUAGAAAAUAUAUGUUUUUAUAGUAUCCGCAAUCGAAUCAUUUGGAAAAAUUGAGGCUGAACAAAAUAUGGCAGCCCAGAUAGCAUACGGAACAUACAAAGAUCAAUUACCAAUGAUGCCUGCUUUUCGACCACCAAAAGAUGAUAGUCUUCCAGUAACUGGAACACGUGUUGAUAUAGUCCCACCACUUCCACCAACUGAUCCACCAACAACACAAAAACCAAAGAAAAAACUGAAGAAAAUGUUGAAGAAACCCAAAAUUGUUCCAAUUCCACCAGUUCCAAUUGGUAUAUCAUUUAUGUUAGGAUCAGAUAAAAAAUGUGAUUUUUCAGACACGACUCGAGAACUUCUUCCACUUCCAAGCAUCGAAUUACCAACAAAUGAUGGUGGUAUUUCAUUUUUAUUACAAAAAAAGAUUUUGAUUAAAUUUUUUCGAACUAUUUGUUUCAGAUGUCAGUAUUCAUUGUUGUAUUUGGGCGUUGAAUGGAUUAUGUGAUAGAUCAUGGAGAAAAAUCAGAGAACUUUGUCCGAGAAGCUGUGGCCAGAUAACAUGUGAAUGUGAGGUUUCGAGAAGAAAUUCCUUACUUAUGUUGUGCUCUCUCAAAUCUCUGAUUAAUUUUUCAGACAUCGAAGGAGUCAAAUCAUGUACCAGAUUUAUUGAAGUAGAUGUUGAAGAAUGUUAUCAAAAAGUUAGAUUUUCGAGAAUUCACGGAGUUCGAAAUGUGGAAGUAGAUGAUAAAAAAGCUCUCAUCGAAGAUCUGAUGUUAGAACAAAUUGCAUCAAAACAUCGAACAAGUUCGAAGAAAAAUAAAAAAUCCCGAAAAAUCAAGAAAAAGCGAACACAUCGAAGAACUCUUUAA